AAACAGGGCAGCCGGCUCGCGCGCUCCACCUUCUCGCUUCAGAACUCCUCCCUCGGGGGGGAAAGGGGGGGGGGGUUGUAGAGAAGAAAUGACUCCGCCUGGCUAGUCAAGCGCAGCCCAGUUCAACCCACCCGUGCCGAUCCGCGGUGCGUGGAGGCGAGGGGCGCCACGAGACGGUCGCCGCGGCUGAGGCGGAGGGAGCGGCGGCUGAGGUGAAGAGGGGCGACGGCUGCUUUGAAGCUACUAUGCAAAUCUUGGUAAAAAAGCCAGAAGCAGUGUAUUGAAGUUUACUGUCAUCUUCUGUGUGGACUGCUGUUCUAGCAUAUGUGUUCUGUGGUCUGCAAACUAAACCAUGCCAGCUUUGUCAACUGGAUCUGGAGGGGACACAGGUUUGUAUGAGCUGCUGGCUUCUCUGCCAGCCCAGCUGCAGCCACAUGUGGACAGCCAGGAAGACCUGACCUUCCUCUGGGAUAUGUUUGGUGAAAAAAGCCUUCAUUCACUGGUAAAGAUUCAUGAAAAAUUACACUACUAUGAAAAACAGAGCCCUGUCCCCAUGUUGCAUGGUGCAUCAGCUUUGGCAGAUGAUCUGACUGAGGAGCUGCAGAGCAAACCACUAAACAGUGAGAUCAGAGAAUUGUUGAAACUAUUGUCAAAACCCAAUCUGAAGGCUUUGCUUUCUGUGCAUGACACCGUUGCUCAAAAAAGCUAUGAUCCAGUAUUGCCCCCCAUGCCUGAUGACAUUGACGAAGAAGAUUCUGUAAAAAUAAUCCGACUUGUCAAAAACAGAGAACCACUGGGGGCUACUAUUAAACGAGAUGAACAUAAUGGAGCCGUUGUUGUGGCUCGGAUAAUGCAUGGAGGAGCUGCAGAUAGAAGUGGUCUCAUUCAUGUUGGUGAUGUACUUAAAGAAGUCAAUGGAAUUCCUGUGGGUGAUAAAAAACCAGAGGAAAUUAUACAAAUCCUGUCCCAGUCUCAAGGAGCCAUUACAUUUAAAAUUAUACCUAGUAUCAAAGAAGAAAACCCAGCUAAAGAAGGCAAGAUUUUUAUGAAAGCUCUGUUUGACUACGAACCCAGCGAGGAUAAAGCAAUCCCCUGUAAAGAAGCUGGACUUCCUUUCAGAAAAGGUGAUAUUCUUCAGAUCAUGUGCCAGGAUGAUGCAACCUGGUGGCAAGCCAAACUUGAAGGUGAUGCCAAUCCCAGAGCCGGCCUAAUUCCUUCAAAACAUUUCCAGGAAAGGAGACUUGCAUUGAGAAGAACUAAUGUACAAGUUCAGCCACUCAAAAUUUUCAAUAGAAAAUCAUCUGAGGAAACAGUUGAGUGUGAGGAAAUUGAAGGUACAGAAGCUGAAUGUGCUGGUCACAACAGUGGAGUCCUUUUAGCUGGUUUUAGGAGAAGCUUUCGUCUGAGCAGAAAAGACCGAAAAACAAACAAGACUAUGUAUGAAUGCAAGAAAAGUGAUCAAUACGAUACAGCAGAUGUCCCAACCUAUGAGGAAGUAGCAAAAUAUAGAUGGCAUCCUAAUGAGAAAUACAGACUUGUUGUCUUGGUUGGUCCUGUGGGUGUCGGACUGAAUGAACUCAAACGGAAAUUGUUGAUCAGCGAUACCCAGCAUUAUGGUGUCACCGUGCCACAUACCACAAGAGCACGAAGAAGCCAAGAAAGUGACGGCGUUGAGUACACUUUUAUUUCCAAGCACUUGUUUGAGACAGACGUGCAGAAUAACAAAUUUAUUGAAUAUGGGGAAUAUAAGAACAAUUACUAUGGUACCAGUGUAGACUCGGUUCGAUCUGUUCUGGCUAAAAAUAAAGUCUGUUUGUUGGACAUUCAGCCUCAUACAGUGAAACAUUUAAGGACAUCGGAAUUUAAACCAUAUGUCAUAUUUAUAAAGCCUCCAUCAAUUGAGCGUUUGCGAGAGACCAGAAAAAAUGCCAAGAUAAUUUCCAGCAAAGAUGAAAAGGGUGCUGCCAAACCUUUCUCAGAAGAAGACUUUCAAGAAAUGAUUAAAUCAGGACAAAUAAUGGAGGUUCAAUAUGGGCAUCUCUUUGACAAAGUUAUAGUAAAUGAUGAUCUAACUACAGCGUACAAUGAGCUGAAAACAACCUUUGACAAAUUGGAAAGAGAGGCUUUCUGGGUUCCAGUCAGUUGGGUGCAUUCUUAGCACUGUAAGCAAAGAAAAAGCUUUCACGGAACUUUAUAAGGGUAUUUAGGUGCCCCUGAAAUGCCAUUCUGUUGAUGGGAAGCUUUUUUUGCUUUGGCACAUUGAUGAUUUCACAAACUUUGUGCAGUGGAAUUGUGAUCUUUUCUGUGUGUGAGCCUUCCUGAUUGGAAAUAGGUUUUAGGAGGCAGAGGACAACGAUGAAGCCUUAUUUUACUUGAUUCAAAUAACCACUUUUUAAAACAAAAACAAGAUACCACAUUUUAUAAAUAGAUUGUGCCUCCAGUGUGGGACUUCCAUGAAGCCAGGAAGAUCAUAAGGUGUGAGAUCCAUCUUUGAAAUGGCCUCUAAUGUUUCUGGUUGCCAAGCAGGGACUAGAGUUAACACCUGAAGAAUGCAAAACUGGAGGAGAAAUAAGGGGCUAAUGUUUUCUUUGUCUAACAUAAGUGUUGAAAUAGGAUAAUGAUGAACACGGAUAUUUUUGUGUGUAAACUGUCUUCCAUGUUCAGCCUGACUUUGGGAUCUUUAUUAAGAGAGCCAAUUUAAGAUACUUUUUAGAUAUGUUUGAAUGUGUUCUUUGAAGCUAGACUCCCAUUCCUGUGGCUGUGCUCUGAAGGGUGCAUCUGCCGGAAUGUGUUGCCUGCUUGGAGGAAACCAAUAUUUUGAGCGAACAAUAAGCAAUAAAAAUGUUUUGCAUCGAAAAUGUUAAAGAUAAACUUCUGUGGUAUUCAAAACAGUGGAAAGCUUUAAAGUUAUACAUCAGAUCUCGUGUUGGUUAGAGUAGUUUUUAUGUAACACAUGGGAUGGGUUGGAAAUUUUGCAAUAGAGGCAGCAGCAUAAGGGGAAUUUAUUUACACCCAGUGCUUCAUUGUUUUAAAGAUAGAUAAAAUAGCGUUUGUGUAACUCCAGAAGCUAUUUUUUUAUUUGAAAACUUGUUAAUUAAAACUUGGGUAUCAUUCUCAUUUUACACUGGCCUUGUACAGUAGAAACCCAAGCUGUGGUCUCUGGAAUGAAGAAAGCGAUUGGGGGGGCGGGGGGGGGGGUGUUCCUUUUUGCUUUUACUUGUGUUCCUGUUGAAAUGAUGUAUAUUAAUAGAUAUGGGUGCAUGUUGUGUGUAAGUGAGUCUGUCUUACCAACAGCGUGUGACAGUGAUGCAUCACACCUUUGGCAUGCAAACAGGAAGCCCAGUUAUUUUAUGUUAACAUGUACAAGACUUAGCUGACUUAUUUAAAGGCGAAAGAAUUUAGUGAGACUUUAUAUAUUUAUGAAAAGAGGUGAGAAGGGAUAUUAAUUUUUUGAAUUGGUUGUCAAUGUGAUCAUUUAUUACACAGACCACUAGGUGUCUGUGAUUUGAAACAUUGGCUUUAUAAACUUAACAUUCCAUAUAAAUAUUUUACUUCAGAUGCAGAUAAACUGCCAGGUCUUUGCAAACAUAGUCUAAAUAGAGGAUUGGAUAUUUUGUUUUGGUUCCUUGCAUUUAUAGAAGGGAAGUGCCAACAACCAAAUGCAGCCUUUUGGAAACAUUUAUGCUCGUUAGAUGCAUCCCGAACCCUGGCACUGAACAUUUACAACAUAAUCAUGACUGUAUCUCAGGUCUUAACUGCUUUGAAUGAAUUAAAUGUGACUGUACUUCAGUUAAUCAAAUUAGUUGUAUGAAAAUACUGAGCUGUCAUUUUUUUCUCACUCAAAUGUAGGAAUUUCAGUAAUUCACUGAAUAAUUCAGGUUGAUUCUUUAAUUAGGUACUAUACAUAUUUGACUUACCAGUGCGUACAGUGAGAACCAGUGCCAAGAUUGCCUGUUAACUCUCAAGGUCUUCAGAAGAGAGCUGUUGGAAAUGGCCCAGAAUAUAGGCUAUAGCAGUGACUCUUUCCAGACCUGGAACUCACCUGCAGCACACUGAACUUAGAAGCACAGGAUAUCUAGUGUGAUGUGAUAGGAAGAGGAGGAGCCAAAGCUGUGACCUCAUUGGUAUCAAGGCUAAAACAGUGGACAGUUGACCAGGAAACCAAGUCUUUCACAGUAUGGAACAAACCAAGUCUUAGAGCCGUGGUGGAGUUCUCUCCGCUAUUAACUAAUGUUGCCUCAUUUGGCUGAUGCUGCUGUAAUAGUUCAUACAAAGAGAAUUGAAACAUGGUGCAGUUGAGCUUUAAAACAUGUGUACUACAAGUAGGUCCUAUGAAAAGGAGUAGAAAUAUGCAGCUGUAUGAGGAUUCAUGACCCAGCAGGUGAAUCUCGGUGAUCCACCUGAAUGUUGAAGACUGGACUAUAGCACAUAACUCCCUCAGUGUUUGCUUGAAAGCAAACCUGCAUUUCGAUUGUAGGUAUCACAAACUACAACAGUCUUGACACCCCGCUGCAAGAGAAACUGACACCUUUAAUCAGUGACUGAAGCCUGGAGCGCUGUUUUCUUGCUUGCAAUAAUCUAAAUCCUCUGUCAAUGAUUGCGAUUGCUUUGGCAUAAUUUUCCAAGCUUCAGGUGAAUUUUUAACAUCUUUUGAAACAUGACAGAUGCGUUACCUCUGAUGUGCAUGCAGCUUUGCACAAGUUGGUGCUCUCCAUUGACGUCAGUGCUAUGGAAAGCUCCAUAUGCACAUUGGAACUGUACUGAGCUUUGGAUUUAUGUAUAUAUGAUUGGCACAAUUUAAAAAACAAAAAAACCUGACACCUAUUUCUGGCUGAAGGUGAACACUUAAAUUUUGAUCCCCUCCAUAUUGUACUGCAUAUUUUUGAGAACUCUGUUUUUAUGUCUUUGUGCAGAUAUCUUUAUUGUAUUGUUUUGUCACUGUAAAACAAAUGUUGAAGUUUUAUAUUUUUCUGAAUUCACAGCAAUACUUGAAGUUGUCUUCACUUACAUCUAAACUGUAUCUGAAAUACAGCUUUAUCAUAAUAAAUUAUUGUCAUAAUGUAUCUUA